ACCACCAUUAAACUCCAUAGAAGGAGGUCUCAACCCUACAGAAAAGCAGGACCUAUAGACCAGCACCCUUAUCAUACAUUUCUUUUGACAGUGUGCACAUCCUGCACAGACUUAUUCUGCAGUAACUGACAGUAUUUGUUGGUGUUUCGUUUUGUUCUGGUCCUAAAUCCCCAGCUAUGGAUUUGGUGUGGCUGGUGUGUCUGGCUGUGAGCUUCGGAACCUGGUUCGCCUCCGCAGAGAGACACAGCGUCUUCUGGAAUAGCACAAACCCAAAUUUCCUAUGGGAUAAGUACACAGUGGAGGUGAAAAUCAACGACUACCUGGACAUCAUCUGUCCUCACUACACGCGUGGGGAGCUGCCUUCCCAGGAGGCCGAGCGGUACGUGCUGUACAUGGUAGAGAAGGAGGACUAUGAGGUGUGUAAGCCCCACUCCUUCGACCAGCUGCGUUGGGAAUGUUCCCGGCCCUUCGCUGCCCACGCCCCCGAGAGGUUCUCUGAGAAGUUCCAGCGCUUCACCCCCUUCACCCUGGGCAAGGAGUUCAGACAGGGAGAGAGCUAUUACUAUAUCUCCAAGCCGCUGCAUCACCACGGCCAGGAGUGUCUGAGACUGAAGGUGGAUGUGGUUGGACCUCAUGGUUCUGGGAAGGCCAAGGCUGACAAAGGCAAGGAUGGAGCGAUGGAUGGAGGAAAGGAAAAGAUGGGAGGAGGAGGAGGAGGAGGAGGAGUGCACAACCCCUCCAACAGGCUUCCAGCCGAUGACCCUACUGUGUUGGAGCCGAAGGUUCAGAAGAGUGUGGGUAGUUCAGGUGUUCAGCUGGUCUCCCUGUCGGUCUUCUUCACCCUGUUCCCCGUCCUACUAUCCCUGUUACUAGGUUGAGACUGAGUUAAAGACUUAGCUACAGAGACACUGUCAACCCAAUGCUGGACAUUGGCACAGAGAAGAUUUUUAUAGAUAUUUUUAUAUUUGCAACUGGACUGAGCUGCUGUUGUGUGUGUGUGAGAUUGGAAUGUGGAUCGUUCCAGAGACUAUGAUCUUCAAGAGUAUUUUCUGAAGGAUGUUUUUUUUAAAUGAAAGGGGAUGGAUGCUAUUCCCCCUUUUUUUCUCCUUUUGAUCUGUAUGGACACUUGGAAACCCCACUGACUCUGGAACAGAUCUAACUGGAAACGUGAUGUACUAAUCAUUAUUACAAAACUGACAAAGGGAUAACUGUUUUCAUGAUUACCCUGAAUUGAUGUUUAACAGUGAUAUACACUGAGUGUAAAAACACAUGAUCAGCACCUUCUUAAUAUUGAGUUGCACCCCCUUUUGCCCUCAGAAAAGCCUCAAUUUGUCAGGUCCUGGACUCUACAAGGUGUCGAAAGCGUUCCACAGGGAUGCUGGCCCAUGUUGACUCCAAUGCUUCCCACAGUUGUCAAAUUGGCUGGAUGUCAUUUGGGAGGUGAAAGAUUAUUGAUAUACACAGGAAACUGUUGAGGGUGAAAAACACAGGAGUGUUUGUUCUUGACACUGUACCUACUACCAGACCCCAUUCAAAGGAACUUCAAUAUUUUGUCUUGUCCAUUCACCCUCUGAAUGGCACACUUACACAAGCAAUGUCUCAAUUGUCUCAAGGCAUAACAAUCCUUAUUUAACCUGUCUCCUCCCCUUCAUCUACACUGAUUGAAGUGGAUUUAGCAAGUAACAUCGUAGCUUUCACCUAGUCAGUCUGACAUGGAAAGAGCAGGUGCUCCUAAUGUUUUGUACACUCAGUGUAUAAUGUAGGUACAUAUUCUUGGUUCAAUCUGAAAUAGUUUGAGCCAAAGCCUACUCCUCUGAAACGGCAUGUUUCCUCCUCUACAUGUAGAGACUAUUGAUGUAUAUAGAUGUAUAUGUAUUAACUGACCUUCCUCUAAGAACGGUUCAUGUCUUAUUUUGUGUAGUAGAUACUCAGGUCAAUGUUUCUUCUUGACAUGUCACUAAAAUCAAACUAAAGUGUAUUUGUCACGUCCACAGGAUACAGCAGGUGUGAACAGUACAGUAAAAUGCCCUUCCUCAACAAUGCAGUAUUCAAUUAUAAUUCACUGUACAAAACCCAAUGAUGUGACAGAUACAUACUCUAACGCACAGAUUAGCACACACUAGAACAAAACACACAUUCUAUGUUGUAGAUAUACACAUAUUUACAUAACCAGAUCCUCUGUCAUUGAGAUGGUACAACAGCUUCUUGUGAACAAAUUGGGCUUGUUUUAGUCAUUGCUGGUUUGCUUUUCUAUGUCUUUAUGGUUUAGUGUUGGAACAGAUGUGUGUGUAUAGGAACGAGAUGGAGGGAAUGGGAGUUGAGGGGAAGGAGGAGAGCAAAGCGCUAAUGACAGGAUUCUGAGUGGGUGUUGUGAUUGCAUGACGGCUGGGAGCUGUGCUUCCUUCCUUUACUGAUGGUCAUUCAUGGCAUACUCUGAUAUACUGUAAACAACGUCACACAAACAACAUAACCGGUACACUGGACAUUAUGGUGUGUGCACAGCACAGUAGGUUGGUGGCACCCUAAUUGGGGAGAACUGACUCGUGGUAAUGACUGGGGGUGGAAUGGUAUCUCAUACAUAAACACAUGGAUGCCAGGUGUUUGAUUCCAUUAGCUCCGUUCCAGACAUUAUUAUGAGCCGUCCUCCCCUCAGCAGCAUCUGGUUUACAGGUGUUACACAAAAUGCAAAGGAAAUCCCUACAUACAGACACUGUAUUGUAAUUUUGUUUUUGUAAAUCUUUGUAUGGAAAAUGUGUACAUAGAAAAAUAUAAAUAACAGCAUUUGUUUAAAAUGUGAAAACUUUAAUGUAAUUAAAAAACAGUAUGAUAAAUCUGA